ACGAUCCGACCUGCUUCAAACAUUUUCCGCUUUUCUUUUCUCUUUUCCUACAACUACUCGUAACAAUGGCCAACGAUCUUUCAAGUCCUGCCCUGUCUGAGAACGGCACUAUUGAUGCCCAAGACGCUGACAAGAUUCAGUUGAAAUAUCCUGAGCCCAGCACUGGCAGUCAGUUCAAGGAAUUUAUCAAGACCGUCAUUCGGUUCAGCGGGGACCUUUCGUCAUUGACAUGUCCAGCAUUUUUUUUGAAUGGACUUUCUCUCUUGGAAUAUGGAACCUAUUGGGGUGAUCAUCCUCAAUCCUUCACUGCCAUCCCGGCGGCUACCGAGCCCCAAGAGCGAAUGCUCGAAGUUGCUCGCUGGUUUAUGUCUACUUUGUGGGGUAGCUACGCUUCUCGUUGUACCAAUGGUUUGAAUGAGAAGAAGCCUUACAAUCCUGUUCUUGGCGAACAAUUCUUCUGUAAGCUUGGCGAUGUGGACUGCAUUUGUGAGCAAGUUUCCCAUCAUCCACCUAUUUCCGCCUUUUACUUGGAAGAUGAAAAGACCGGCAUUUCUCUAAAUGGUCACUGUGGCCAAAAGUCAAAAUUCAAGGGCACCACCAUCCGUGUUGACCAGGUGGGCCGUGCCACUUUGUAUCUCAAGAAAUGGGAUGAGCAAUAUGUGCUCGACUUCCCUGUGCUCAAUAUCAAGGGAUUCUUGACUGCAGCAUCUUAUAUCGAUUUGAGCGGCACUUGCACUAUCGCAUGCACCAAUGGUGCGACCACCGUUAUGGAAUUCUUACCUAAGCCGUGGUUUGGAGGUGAAUCCAACUGCAUCAAGGGCUCGGUCAGCUAUGGAGGCAAGGAAUAUUACACCCUAAGUGGACGAUGGAGCCACAAGUCCUAUUAUUCAAUUUCAGGCGACUCCGCCAAGCACCUUUUGUUCGAUGCUGAUGCUGAACCCAUGGCCGAAAGAGUCACUGCACCUCUCGAACAACAGCAUCAAUACGAGACUCAUCGACUUUGGGGACCUGUCACUGAAGCGUUGAAGGUUAAGAACUAUACAGUUGCUAACGCUGAAAAGUCCAAAAUCGAAGAACUUCAGCGACAGCUCAAGAAACAGCGAGAGGCAACCAACGAGGUGUGGAAACCAACCCUUUUCCAGUUUUUGGAAGAUAGUGAUAAGGGUGACCAGUAUGUCGCACGAAACACACAGCUUAAGGAUCUAAUGAUCGGACAUCAUGAUUUGGAUAAUGGCGCUUGGACUUACUCCAAGUCUCUUCAUCAAAGAGGCAACUAAGGACCCCAUCCAAAAAUGGCCAGCUCCCAACAUCAUAAUGUAUCACUAAUCUUGAUUAUUUUUUCCCCCAUUGUUUCUUUGCGAUACUUUUUCUUUUAUAUCAGUUUCCUUCUUCAUACUGUAUCUGUUUUCCACACUUUAAUGUACAGCUAGAUU